AUGGAUCUCGACGAUGAUGAUGAUGCCCCGCCAGUGCUCGUCAACACAGCCGCCGCGGGGGAGAAAAUCGAAGAAGUUACUAUCAAGGUCCCCUUGACCAUUGUCACAGGGUACCUGGGUGCUGGGAAGACGACUCUGCUCAACUACAUUCUGACAGCUCAACAUGGCAAGAAGAUUGCCGUCAUCAUGAAUGCGCUCGAUAUAGAAAAGUCUCUCACAGUGAACAAGGGUGGCGAACAAGUCGAGGAAUGGCUCGAGGUUGGCAACGGCUGCAUUUGCUGCUCCGUCAAGGACACGGGCGUCAAUGCCAUUGAAUCUCUCAUGGAGAAGAAGGGAGCAUUUGACUACAUCCUUCUCGAGACGACGGGCCUUGCGGACCCUGGCAACCUCGCCCCGCUGUUCUGGGUGGACGAUGGACUGGGGAGCUCCAUUUACCUGGACGGCAUCGUCACCUUGGUCGAUGCCAAGAACAUUCUACGAAGCCUCGAAGAUCCCAAAGGUGAGGUGGAGAAGAAGGAGGAUGACGAGCACGGGGAGCAUGGCCAUGACGAGGACGACCAUGGGCCGCUGAUGACGACUGCGCACGUACAAAUCUCACAUGCCGACGUUAUUGUCAUCAACAAGGCCGACCUGGUGAGCCAAGAGGAGCUGCGGAAUGUGCGCUCAAGAAUCGAGUCCAUCAACGGACUCGCCAGGAUUCACGUCACGGAGAGGAGUGCGGUGCCCCAACUCGAGGGUGUCCUGCUAGAUCUGCAUGCCUACGAUGAGUUUAGUGAGGCUGAAGCUACGGUCAAGGGACACAGCCACCUUGACCCUGCCAUCUCGACCGUGUCUAUUCCGGUACCGCGGCUACGAACCGACCAACUAGAACAGGUUGACCGGUGGCUCCAGUCUGUGCUGUGGGAAUCCAAGCUUCCUGAGGAAGAUGUACCUUCUGGGUUUGAAAUCCACCGCUCAAAGGGUCGUCUGGUUUUCGAGGACGGAAAUAUCAAGAUGAUGCAGGGUGUGCAGGAUAUUUUCGAGCUCAUCGAUGCGCCUGUAGGGAAUGACGAGACUUCUGCUGCGACACAAGAGGGCAAAGUUAUCCUGAUUGGCAAGCAUGUGGGCAGUGUAGAUUUCCUAGGGAGCUUCAGCCGCGCAGUGAAAUAG